AUGCCCAAGGCUUUGGAUAACCUGCCAUUGCACCUACUCGAGCUCAUUUGCGAGUUUAUCGUUGCCCACGAUGAUGAUGACGCGUACAGCGAUAAGGGAGCAGGAGUAGAUCUGUAUGCCUUCGCGCUGUGUAGCAAGACCUGCUGGACGGCAGCCAAACCACAACGGUUCCGCCAGAUCCAACUAUGGUUAUCGGCCGCCGAUCCGUGUGCCGACGGCGUGGCUCCUUUCGGAUUUCGCCAGCAACACCAUAUUCAGCGCUGGGUUGAGUUGCUCGAUAAAUACGACGGCUGGCGACAUAUCCGCCGCCUCCGAGUAACUUGCGGACCCGACGAAGAGGCCAGGAAACAGGACCCGGUUAUCGAAUGGGAUUCUCGGCAUGAUUUUGAAGUCGACUACUUCCUGAAGCCCUCGAAAAUAACAAACAACUUUGGUUUGGACGACGAUGAUUUUGGCCACGGUGAUUUUGGCCACGGUGAUUUUGGCCACGGUGAUUUUGGCCACGGUGAUUUUGGCCACGGUGAUUUUGGCCACGGUGAUUUUGGCCACGAUGAUUUUGGCCACGAUGAUUCGGGCCACGAUGAUUUGGGCCACGAUGAUUUGGGCCACGAUGAUUUGGGCCACAAUGAUCUAGGCGACGGUGAUUUGGGCGAUGAUGACACAUCAAGCCACCUUUAUUUGCGCGACGGCGACACGCCAAGCGCCUUUGAUUUGCGCGACAACGACACAAAUCUCGUGCAUCUCCUGCCGACCUUUCUUUCAAGGGUGACUGUCUUGCAAGACCUCGUCUGGGCACCUUCUCAGAUCCCGUCACGUGUCGUCGACAUGCUUGCGACACAAUUCCCACAGUGCAGACUUCAUAUGCAUAGGUUUCAGCUCGGUAGUCUAUGGAUGCAUCGCGAUCAGGUACCGCAGCCUAUUAGCAGCCAAGAUUGGGCGCUGGUGACAUCACCCAAUCUUUGUACUGCUGUUGCUUAUUGCAAUAGUUCUGACCACAAGGGCAACCUCGGCUUCCUGUGGCCAGCCGUGAUGGACAUGGUUGCCGGGGUAGCGCCGAGUCUUCAGCACGUGACAUUCAGACCCGGGCCAGCUUCAGCAGCCCUCGGAUUGCUGGAAGCAAGAUAUGGGGGCAGACCGCCUUGGGCUGGAUUUCAUCCCGAUCUUGCUUCCGGCUCAGGAGACGGACAUGAUACUCGUAAUUGUGAAGAUGCAAGCCGAGGGACGGGGGAGAAGACAAGAGGCGCACUUCGUAGUUUGGUCUAUCGGCAGGCAGUAACGGACGAGGAAAUGCUGCAAUAUUCAGAAAGAACGGAUUUGACCAAGUUGAGUCAUCUGACGCUCAGAAAAACCGCCAGCCAGAGCCUGCCGCUUCCCACGCUGGCUGCCCAAGCGCGAGCCGGCGAGUUCUGCAACCUGACCAGCCUUUGCCUGCAGCAAAUGGGCCCUAGGGGGGAACAUCUAGGUGCGCUCAAUGACAUUCUAGAGAAUAUUGGACCAUUGAAACACCUGUGCUUGGAAGGCUUCGUGGGCAAUAACUCAUUCAACAUCAUACUACGACGCCACGGAAAGACGCUUCGCUCCCUGCACCUCGAUUCACGUGGCCUUUUUUCCGAGAAUGACGAGCGCAAGCCUUCUGAGCUCCUCAGGAUGACGGCGGCGGAGGUGCAGCGCAUCGCAGAGUUCUGCCCAUAUCUGACAGAGAUUGAGAUUCCCGUCUCCAGAAGCCACGGCGACGCCCGCGAGGUCGCCCUCUACCGUGCCCUCUCGCAACUUGGCCGCUUGAAACGCGCCUGGCUCCAUCUCUGCUUCUGGGUCGGACCAGACGAAAACGCCUCCGACGAUGUCCCCGAGGAAGACAUGUACCAGAGCUGGGAGAACGCGGCCGUGACACUUCCCCACCUAAAGGACGCGAUCGUCGACUGUGCAAUUGAUGGGACCCUCGCGCGGUCCAUCUUCAAUGUAAUCAGCGACGAAGGCAAUGCAAGGAGCACGAGGAGCGCUGCCACCACGAGUUUCUCCAACUUGCGCUGGCUUCGCCUGGACGUUCGACGUGAAAUAGGCCGCUUCGCCACACCGGGCUACGAGGAACCCGACUUUGACGGUCUUCUCGAUCUCUUCACGCGGAGCUGGGUGGUAGAGAGACGAGAGGAGUCACACGAUGACAAAGACGGCGAGGUUUUGUCUCAAGCCGCAUCGCCACCGUCUCAAAAUGCUUCCGGUAUCGUGGUCACUGGAUUAGAUGAGGAGCGGGCGCAGAGGGCGGCCAAGGAGGAUUGGCCAGAGCACGAUGAGUGGCAACAUGACUCGCGGAAAACAUUCAAGACGGCGUUUGAGGAGUUGUGGCAGCCAGACAUGAAUAAGCCACAGUGGUGGAAUGACUGGCGAAGCUUUCCACUCCAAAUGUCCGAGUAA